AUGCAGCGGAAAGAUGAGAUCCUAGCCAAAAAGGCCAAACUCGCCGAACUCAGACGGCAGCGGGAAGAACGAGAGCAGCGGCAAAAAGACUCCGGGAAACGAGAGUCCGCUGCAGGGGAGUCAUCUGAGGCUAAAGUCUCUACUCCUGCUCGAAUAAACGAUAGAAAGGAGCUCGACAGCUUCAUUGACACUCUUGUUGGGGACAAAUCUAGAGACGGGAGUGCAGGAGCGUCCCCUCCAGCGGGCAAAAAAGGCCGUCCAAGCUCCGCAUUCGGUACUGGGAACGUUGGUGUCGAGAUUCAUGGCGGUACAUCAAGUCAACCGCGUCCUUCGGUCCCAUAUGUCUCAGCAGGCACUCAAACCCUGUCCGGGCCUCAUGUCGAAACCACCUACGAGCGACCGCCCGCCCCCACUUCGAAACCUACAACCGAGGUUUUGAACUACAGCAAAGGCGUUCAGACCUCCGAUUCAUGGUCUCCACAGCGGCAACGUAGAUCUUCAGGUAAUUUCUCGGAUUCCGAUGGAGACGGAUCACCUUCAGCACCGCGUUCGCCCACGAAGCGGCGAAGCCGCAGAGAGCGAGAAAGGGAGGAAGAACUUCGACAGAAUCUCCGGCUGGAGAUCGAAGAGGAGUUGAAAGCUGUCAAGGAUCUUAGCGUGGACGGUCCUGUUCCCACUGGGCCGUCAAAUUUCCCUGCAAGGGGUCUGACAGAUGAGGAGGUUAACGCUGUAACUGCAUCGGAAGACUUCCUGGAAUUUGUGGAAAGGUCAAGUAAGGUCAUAGAAAAAGCCCUGGACCAAGACUACGAUGUGCUGGCCGAUUAUGCUCUAGACGGGGCAGAGGUGGAAUCAGAUGAAGAUGAGGGCUAUGGAAGCUCGCGGGGCAAGAAAGGCAGACGGGUACGACAGAUAGCACAAUUCUACGACGAGCGGUGGAGCAGGAAGCGGAUGAUCAGUGACAUGAACUUUUCUACCAAAUUUCCAGAGCUACUCCUGGCCUCUUACACUAAGAACCCAUCCGCUCCUCAAGAUCCUUCAGGUCUUGUCCAGAUAUGGAAUAUGCACCUUCAUUCACGCCCGGAAUAUACCUUCCACAGCACAUCUGACAUACUGACUGCCAAAUUCUCCCCAUUUCAUCCAUACCUAAUUAUUGGCGGUUCUUACAGUGGGCAAGUCCUUCUCUGGGACACACGCUCCAGAACGCCUCUUCCAGUCCAAAAGACGCCCCUGACUGGAGCCUCGACUGGAGGCCAUACCCACCCUGUAUAUUCGAUAUCCCUCGUUGGCACCCAAAAUGCUAACAACAUCAUCUCAUGCUCAACAGAUGGUGUUGUCUGCGGUUGGACGGUCGACAUGCUGAGUUUACCUCAAGAGUACCUGGAGCUAAUGACCCCACCUCCAAGCAAGACAGAAGACCUGAGUCCAACUUGCAUGUCUUUUCCCGUCUCGGAUCCAACUUCCUUCCUCGUUGGUACAGAAGAAGGUACGAUUUACCCGUGCCAUCGCUAUGACCGUGCAGGAGCCAAGGCUGGCGUCGACAGCCGACUUCGCUAUAAAGGCCAUACUGCACCAGUCAUGAGCGUGGACUUUCAUCCAGCUCGUGGACCUGUGGACUUAGGAGACUUGGUCUUAUCUAGCUCCCUCGACUGGACUGUGAAGCUAUGGAAGACUCGCGCUCCUUCUUCGACUUCCGUGGCGACAUCGAAUUCUUCAUCGGCUUUGAGCCCCACGGCUAGAGAUGAGCAUGCUGUUGGGCCACUGCUCGAAUUUUCACGCGAAGACAUAGUGUAUGACGCCCGCUGGUCGCCACAUAAACCCGGGGUCUUUUCAUCUGUGGACGGGGCAGGUAACGUAGAAGUCUGGGAUCUAACGGAUGACACCGAAGUUCCUGCCGCUCGAGCAACGCCAGAGAUCAACCGCAAAAUCCAAGGAGGCUACGCCGCCAAGAGCCUGGAGAAAGUCUGUUGGGAGGAGAAAGAGGGGAAAAGGCUGGGUGUUGGAGGAGCAGCAGGCGUGGUGACUGUGUUUGAAGUUGGGUUAGACUUGGCAGGGGAGAGUGUGAGAAAUGAGGAGUGGACGAGGAUGAAGAGGCUGAUUGGGAGGGUGGAGGCCGAAAGAUGA